AAAGUGAAGUUCCCACAAGCUGAACAAACUAAAACACCCAACUCUACAAAAUGUACAACAAAAUGCUGUCGAUCAGUGAGGAUCAUGGAUUCCGUUCGCUGAGCCAUUCCGACUCGACAGAGAACGAUGCGGUCGCCGCGCAGGACAUCCUCACGUGCGGCGCAUGCCAGAAGACCUUCGCGCUGUCGGACAUUGUCCGCUUCAUACAGCACAAGGUGAUGCAGUGCAACAAGGAGAACUACGGCCAGUGCACCACACAGGCGCCCAGCAUGGAUCGCGAUGCCGACGAGGGCCGCCCACUGAGCCUGGUCAAUCGCCGUCCAUCGAUAUCGGCGCCAAUCACAGGCCGCAAGUCGGCUCCGGUUGGUGUGGCACCACCCACCGCAACCGCAGCCGCUGCUGCGGCCACAGCUGCUGCUGCUGCGGCGGCGGCGGCUGCGGCCGUUGCGAGCAGCGCAGCGAGCGGCUCGCGCAUCCACACACCACCGCCCAGUCCGGCGGAUCUGCUGGCGGACGGAGCAAGCAGCACGCCCAAGCGCCUCGUGGAUGAGAACGACAAUACAACGCCCAAGGCGGACAGCGAGGCUCUGCCUCUGCCGCCGCACAGUCCGCAGUCCGGCGAGCAGGACGUGCACAUCGGACGCGCUGCCAUCGAGGACUGCGCGCUGCUCGACGACAAGCCGAAGGUCAAGCAGGAGCCCCUCGCCGACGAUGAGCUGCCGCAAGAGGAGCAGCCGCUCGACGAGGAGCAGCAGCAGGAGCAGGAACAGCAGCAGGAGCGGGAGCGAGAGCUGGAGCAGCCAGCGGGCGACGACUGCCAGCAGCCGCUGGCCAAGCGCCCCAAAAUGGAGCUCGUCGAUGCCGAGGCCAACACGGUGCACACAGGUGAGCAGCGGGCCCACAUUUUGUGGCAUGCAUGUCAUAUGCGCAUAUUUGCGUAA